UUCUGUGCGAUACUGUGCGCGAUAAUAAUAACUGCAUCAAUAAAUUGCUCUGAUAUUUAGAUUAAGGUAAUAUUUAAAACUUGACAAUUUAAAAGUGCUUGUUGCUAGGACUAUUUGAAUAAAGAAUAUAUUGGUCCAAAUGCGCGCGCGCUACUGUGAACACCUUAGUAAGAGUGCUCUUAAGAAAAUCGCUUUAAAAAAAUGCAUAACGUGUGCUAAUAGACAAGUUACCUAUAUUGAAAUGACCGGGAUUAAAUGUGAUACGUGUUAGUGAAAGAAGUUCUCGGAAUACGUGCAUACUUAUGGAGAAAUCACAGUGUUAAGUUUGAACAAAAUCUAAAACUACCGCAAUUAUACCGUGCGAAUAACCGCCCGCGCCGAUAAAGUUCAGUGACCCCAUACUUCGUGAAUCUUCGGGACAUCGAUCGGUCAACUGAUAUUCUACGUUGUGCAACUUUCGUACAUGUCGCAUAAUGAACAUCUGUAAACAAUGUCAACUUACGAUUAGGAGGAUGGACACACUGAGAUGCGUAGUAUGCAAGGAAUGCUACCAUUACACAUGCGUGAAUAUGACUACAGCUCAAUUUAUGGCAAGAAACAACGAAGUAAACCGCAUUUGGUGCUGUUUUGAAUGCUCAAAGAUAACUCUCAGGCGUAAUGUAAACACACCGUGCGCGAAACUGAAUGAGACAACUAUGUCGAUAGAAGAUUACGAUGACCGGCCGGAGGCCGCGGCCGCCGUCAACGUACUUAACACACUUAGUACUGAGCAGCCACCGUACAAAAAAUCAGAAAACGAACCAAUUACUUUAUCUAGCAUUGGUAAACAGUUAGACAUCAAAUUAACAGAGAAUAAUAUGUCCCUAAUCAUUUAUUUGAAGGACAUAAUAAAAACACAAAUAUUUAAUGCGGUAACUCAAUUUAAAAGCGAGAUCACCCAAAACCUCACCGAAAUAAGGUCUGAACUAGAAAGUCAUAAUACCGAAAUCAACAAUGUAAAUGAACGAAUCACUUAUUUGCAAUCAGAAAAUGACAGAUUAAAGGACGACAUACAAAAAUUGGAGCACCGGAUAGCUAACUCGGGAGAAGUGACCUCGACUACUCAGAAAACCAAUAAUAAAAAGGUGAUUGUAUUGUACGGUCUAGAUGAAUAUCGCUAUGAAACGCAGGAGGACCUGUACGACCGUGUCGCAUAUCUAUUUUACGACAUACUAGGAAUCAAUAUUAACCCCUAUGUCGAAGACUUACGAAGAAUUGGCAAAAGAGGCCCCCGACGUCCUCUUGCCAUAGAAUUAAUAAGUUCGAGAAUGGCAAAAUAUAUUUUAGACAACCGUUACUGUUUUAAAAACUCGGGAAUUAGUGUCUCCGUUCACCUAGACCAAAAGGAACAAGAAGUGCGAAAACAACUAAGAAAAAUAAUGCUGAAAGCGCGUGAAAGCGGAAAAUUUUCGAUUAUUAGAAAUAACAAGUUAUUUAUUGAUGGCCGAGAACAAAUUCAGACAAACUAUCUGCAAGACAACACUCAAAAUACAGCUGAUCCUGUAACAACGCCAAUUAAAUGCCAGCUCCCCCCCUCUACACCCACCGCGCCCAGUCAUGGAAACUUAAAUAUAAAACUCACUGACGAAGAGAAUGAAGACCAGACCUGGCUCACCCAAGCGAAGGCAGAGCUCAUGCACUUUGAAAACUACCACUUGGCAGCAGCAUUCCACCGAGAAAACUACAAUGGAGGCGGCGUUGCCAUAUUAAUCAACGAUGCCGUGAACUACAUUGAACGUAAAGAAAUAAUGGACAUAUCAGUCGCAAAUGAAUUUAAUAACCUGUUUGCCACUGCCGGGCGAUCGCCGCCGGCAGCGGACGCGCGAGAUGUGCCGCGCUGCCGCGCGGCCGACCCGUGA